AUGACAACCACGCAUACAUUUCAGGGUCUUAACACGGACAACAAGCCGUCUUCAAGGGUGUUGAACCCUCCCGGGGGAUCAAGCAGCAAUAUAUUCGGAUUUGGCGACCAACCCAAGAAGCAAGACACAGCUAAAAGCAACCUAGAAAUUGUCACUAAAGGAACAAACGAUGCUCUUACCCAUGGCCCUCCUGCAGCAACAGCUGGUCCUCAGCAGAAGCCCGGAGUUCCCAAAAGCGCAUUCAACCCCAUCACUGGCGAACCUUACGAGCAGUCCAAACCAAAGCAGGAGACACCAUUACCAGCCGCGAUACCUUCAGAAAGCAAGUCUGUGGUCGAAUCAACCAGUGUUCUAGAAUCUACAGGAGCUGUAAACAUUGCAGAGCCAGAGCAGACUCCGACAGCGGCAGGGCCAGCGCCAGCCAUACCAUCGUCAGCAGUUCAGCAGAAGCAGCAGCAGAACGGGCCGUUUAGCAUUGGCGUAGCCGAAGAUGUGAAGGAGCAUCGGUCAACUCGAGUCACCCAGCCUCCAGGGGGACGCUCCACAAAACUGUGGUGA